CACUAUUAUCCAGCCCCUUGUGUCCUCUCAACCUAUGGAAAGCGGUUUCAAUGACCUAAAGAGAGAAUAGGGAAAGGGAUUGGGGGAUCUAGGGAUGGGCUUUCCUGGGCAGGUUGUCCAGGGCCUUUCUGAGCUCCAUUUCCUCACCUUGGCUGUUGUUCUGGGGCUAAAACCAGAGCCAGGGGGCCCCAGGUUUCCUCCACAUACACGCCUGGGGAAGUCAAGGAGUGGUUGGUAAAAGGGGGAGGCCAACUAGAGAAUAAACAGGUUGUCAUAAGGUUGAGUGAUUGGAGCCCAAGUACCCUACACAAGAAUGGCUGGGGAGGAGGAGGAAAAGGUAGGGGAGGGGGCGGAGUUUUGCUACCUGUCACCUGCUCUAGCUGUACCUAGGGCGGGAGGGGUACUGGUAUAAAGCAGCAGGCACCAGAGCUCGACCGCACACACGCAGCUCCUGCUUUGGGUCUGUUUCUGCCCCCUUUCCCGCCUGUUCACUGCCACCAUGACCCCAGGCAUCCGGGCUCCUUUCUUCCUGACGCUACUUCUGGCACUUGUACCAGAUAAACACAGAGUCGCCUUAUCUGGGGACACUAACAGUUUCUCAACCUUGACUACCAUGCCAGCCUCUGCCCCAGCCACCAGCUCUACUACAGUGGACUCGGCCACCACUCCCGUCCACAGUGGUGACUCUGCCCCUGCCACCAGCUCAACAGUGGACUCGGCUACCACUCCCAUCCACAGUGGUGACUCUGCCCCAGCCACCAGCUCUACAGUGGACUCGGCCACCACUCCCGUCCACACUGGUUCCUCAUCCCCAGCCACCAGCUCUACAGUGGACUCGGCCACCACUCCCGUCCACACUGGUUCCUCAUCCCCAGCCACCAGCUCUACAGUGGACUCGGCCACCACUCCCAUCCACAGUGGUGACUCUGCCCCUACCACCAGCUCAACAGUGGACUCGGCUACCACUCCCAUCCACAGUGGUGACUCUGCCCCAGCCACCAGCUCUACAGUGGACUCGGCUACCACUCCAGUCCACACUGGUUCCUCAGCCCCAGCCACCAGCUCUACAGUGGACUCGGCUACCACUCCAGUCCACAGUGGUGACUCUGCCCCUGCCACCAGCUCUACAGUGGACUCGGCCACCACUCCAGUCCACAGUGGUGACUCUGCCCCUGCCACCAGCUCUACAGUGGACUCGGCCACCACUCCAGUCCACAGUGGUUCCUCAUCCCCAGCUACCAGCUCUACAGUGGACUCGGCCACCACUCCCGUCCACACUGGUUCCUCAUCCCCAGCCACCAGCUCUACAGUGGACUCGGCUACCACUCCCAUCCACACUGGUUCCUCAGCCCCAGCCACCAGCUCUACAGUGGACUCGGCUACCACUCCAGUCCACAGUGGUGACUCUGCCCCAGCCACCAGCUCUACAGUGGACUCGGCUACCACUCCAGUCCACAGUGGUGACUCUGCCCCUGCCACCAGCUCUACAGUGGACUCGGCCACCACUCCAGUCCACAGUGGUGACUCUGCCUCAGUCACUAGCUCUACAGUGGACUCGGCCACCACUCCAGUCCACACUGGUUCCUCAGCCCCAGCUACCAGCUCUACAGUGGACUCGGCCACCACUCCAGUCCACAGUGGUGACUCUGCCCCUACCACCAGCUCUACAGUGGACUCGGCUACCACUCCAGUCCACAGUGGUGACUCUGCCACAGUCACUAGCUCUACAGUGGACUCGGCCAACACUCCAGUCCACAGUGGUGACUCUGCCCCUACCACCAGCUCUACAGUGGACUCGGCCACCACUCCAGUCCACAGUGGUGACUCUGCCCCUACCACCAGCUCUACAGUGGACUCGGCCACCACUCCUGUCCACAAUGGUUCUUCCAUCCAAACCACCAAGGCUAUAUCAGGCUCAGCUACCACUCCAACUCACAGUGGCUCCCUGGUCCCAACAACCAGCUCUACGCUGGGCUCAGUCACUAGUCCAGCCCACAGUAGUGCCUCAUCUACGACUAAUGUCUCUGAAUCAGACUUGGCCACCACUCCAGUUUACAGUGGCACCUCCAUCUCUACUACCAAGGCUACUUCAGGCUCUGCCAUCACCCCAGUCCACAAUGGCUCCUUGGUGCCAACUACCAGCUCCGUGUUGGGCUCAGUCACCACUCCAAUCCACAAUAAUGUCUCUACAAUGGCUACUACAACUCCAGUUGGCAAUGGGACUCAAUCUUCAGGCCCAAGCCAGCCCCCUGUUAGUCCCACCACCCUCGCCAUCUCCAGCAACAGCACUGUUACCUAUAGCACGGCCCUUUCCCCUGCCUUCUCCAGUAAUAGUUCUCCCCAGGCGUCUGUUAGGGUCUCUUUCUUCUUGUUGUCUUUCCACAUCUGGAACCACAAGUUCAAUUCUUCCCUGGAAGACCCCAGUUCCAACUACUAUCAAGAACUGAAGAGGAACAUUUCUGGAUUGUUUCUGCAGAUUUUUAACCAAGAUUUUCUGGGGAUCUCUACCAUCAACUUCAGACCAGGCUCGGUGGCAGUAGAAUCCACUGUGAUUUUCCGGGAGGGUGCUGUCAGUGCCUCUGAGGUGAAGUCGCAGCUUUUACAGCAUGAAAAGGAGGCAGAAAACUACAAUCUGGCUAUUUCAAAAGUCAAUGUGAAUGAGAUGCAGCCCCCUCCUUCUGCCCAGUCUUGGCCUGGCGUACCAGGUUGGGGUAUUGCCCUGCUGGUGCUGGUCUGUAUCUUGGUUGCUUUGGCCAUUACCUAUCUCAUUGCACUGGCAGUGUGUCAGUGCCGUCGAAAGAACUAUGGGCAUCUGGACAUCUUUCCUACCCAGGACACCUACCACCCUAUGAGUGAAUAUCCCACCUACCACACUCAUGGACGCUAUGUGCCGCCUGGCAGUACCAAACGAAACCCCUAUGAGGAGGUUUCUGCAGGUAAUGGGGGUAGCAGCCUGUCCUACACCAACCCGGCAGUGGCAACCACGUCCGCCAACUUGUAGGGGCAAGUCACCAGCUCAGGGGACGGCUGCAGCCACCUGCUCCCUGUUUUCACUGCCAGAUCCCUGCACUCUGAUCUGGGCUGGUGAGCCGGAGUUCUGGAAGGCAGCUCACAGCCUUUCUGAGACUCUGUCAAGUGUCUCAACCAUCCUAGUCUGGUGAAGCCCAGCCCUGCCCUGGGGGAUACCCUGGGGCAGUGAUGCAGUGGUGGGUCUCAGAAGGACUGGCCUAGACAUCCUGGAGAUGGGGAUGAAACCCAAGCAUGGCUGAAUAAAAGGUGGCCCCCAGUUA